AUCGUUUGUUUUUCAAAACGUAUAGCUAAAUUUCGGGUUAAUAAUAUCUAUCAAAUGUUUAUUUGAAAAUUUAAAAUUCUACAAAUUUCCUCGAAUUUCCCACUGCAGCUACAAAGUAGCUAAGUUGCCUACACAGCCACGUAGUUAGUCAUGGGAGCUUUGUUUGGAAAAACCAGCAAAAAGACGGCUCCUAGUCGGAUCACCGACCAGGACAAGGCGGUUCUGCAAUUGAAGCAACAGAGGGAUCGUCUGAAGCAGUACCAAAAACGCAUCGAGACGCAGUUGGAGAAUGAUCGCCUCCUGGCAAGGAAGUGCCUACAGCAAGGUCGCAAGGACCGGGCCAAGCUGCUGCUGCGCAAGAAGAAGUACCAGGAGAGUCUGCUGACCAAUGCCGACAAACAGCUGGAAAACCUGGAGAAGCUGGCUGCGGACAUUGAGUUCGCCCAGGUGGAGAUGAAGGUGCUGGACGGCCUCAAAGCGGGCAAUGCUGCUCUGAAGAAGGUGCACGAAAUGCUUGACAUCGACGAAGUUGAGCGAAUCAUGGACGAGACACGCGAGGGCAUCGAAAAGCAGCAGGAAAUAGACGCCAUACUGACGGAUGUGCUGACCACGCAGGACGAGGAGGACGUUUUGGCCGAGCUGGAUGCCCUGGAGGCGGAGGAAGAGCAGCAGAAGGGUGCACAGCUGCCGGAUGUGCCCACCGAAGAUCUGCCCAUUCCCGCUGAGAUCGAGUCCGUCGAGGAGCCGGCAAAGACCAAAGCAACCAAGAAAGUCCUGGUGGAGGCAUAGAACCUAUAGUAAAACGAAACCAAUGCCAUUUUGUAUGUAUAUAUGUCGUUCAACUAAAUUUCUCGAUAAGUCCAAUGUGAAAUACAUAUUUUAAUAGAUUAUGCUUGACU